AUUCCUCGCAGAGCCUCCGAACCUCCUGUUGUCUUCCACUGGCUUCCUAUCAUUGGUUCGGCCAUCUCGUAUGGAAACGACCCCCUGAACUUUUUCUUCAAGUGUCAAAAAAAAUAUGGCGACGUGUUUACAUUCAUACUUUUUGGUCGUCGCGUGACCGUUGCUCUGGGACCUAGAGGGAACAAUUUUAUUCUUGGUGGAAAAUCAACGGUGCUGAAUGCCGAGGAUGCUUAUACUCACUUAACUACCCCCAUCUUCGGUAAGGACGUCGUCUACGAUGUCCCUAACGAGGUCUUCAUGGAGCAAAAGAAGUUCGUCAAAGUUGGCCUUUCAACCGACAAUCUACGCGCCUAUGUUGGUAUGAUUGAGGAAGAAGUGGAAGAGUUUAUGAGGAACGACGCCGCCUUCAAAGUAUUCCAGCAGAACGACAUUAACGAAUGGGGCACAUUCGAUGUCGUCAACGUCAUGCAGGAAAUCACGAUUCUUACCGCAUCAAGGACUCUUCAGGGCAAGGAAGUUCGGGAGAACCUCGACAAGGAGUUUGCGCAUCUCUACAAUGACCUCGACGGUGGAUUUACCCCUCUUAACUUUUUGUUCCCCAACUUGCCGCUUGCGAGCUAUCGAAGGCGCGAUCGGGCACACACGAAGAUGAGCGCAUUCUAUGUUGACAUUAUCAAGAGGCGCAGGGCUGGCCACGAUGAUCACGAACACGACAUGAUUGCUGCACUUAUGCAACAGGCUUACCGGUCGGGCAAACUCCUCAAGGACCAUGAAAUCGCCCACAUCAUGAUUGCCCUUCUCAUGGCAGGGCAACAUACGAGCUCCGCCUCCGGUUCAUGGACACUACUCCACCUUGCCGCCAAUCCCCAGGUUGCCGACGCCCUGUAUCAAGAACAAGUCCAGCACUUCUCUACUCCUGAUGGCAAGCUCCGUUCAAUGACUUAUGAAGAACUUCGCUCUCUCCCUAUCAUGGAUACCGUCAUCCGCGAGACUCUCCGCCUCCAUCCUCCCAUCCACAGCAUAAUGCGCCACGUCCGUGACGACGUGGCAGUCCCUGCUACGAUCUCUGCUCCUUCCAAAGAUGGCAUCUACAUCGUGCCGAAGGGCCACUAUGUUCUCGCUUGCCCUGCUGUCAGCCAGACGGACCCUCGUGUGUGGAAAGAUGCCAACGAAUGGAACCCCUCUCGCUGGAGCGAUCCCGAAGGCGUUGCAGCGCAAGCGUUUGACACCUACGCUGAUGUAAAUGGCGAGAAGAUCGAUUAUGGAUUCGGUGCCGUCAGCAAGGGAACGGAGAGCCCUUAUCAGCCAUUUGGUGCGGGGAAACAUAGGUGUAUUGGUGAACAAUUUGCAUACCUCCAGCUGGGUACCAUCAUUGCCACCGUCAUCCGCAAUAUGGAACUACGCAUCGAAAAGGUUCCUGAGCAUAAUUAUCACGUAGGUCUUUCCUUUGCAAACCAAUUAUCUCCAUGUCACUGA